AUGGCGGAGCUAUCGUUCCUGGCCCGCCUCGUGCUUACGGUGGCUCUGUCGGCGCUGUCGCUCUUCGUGUACAAGUGGUUGCAGACACCAGCCCAGAAUGGAUCCCAGUCGUCCACUAAACGCGUCAAAAAGCGCAACAAGAAGAAAAUCGCUAAGAAAUCUCCAUCCUCCGACUCUCCGUCGCCACCUCAACACGACAGCGACUCAGACGAUGGACUCUCGGCCGCGCAGGUGCUAGCCACACGUAAAUUUAAGCCUAAAAGCCUCGGCGGCACUCGCCGUGCUCGCAAGAUCAAAGCGUCGCUGCCACCCGCCAACGCCCCUAGAUAUACUGUAGACCAGAGCGUACUGGCGAGGUUUGGAGGUGGUAACGACUGGUUUCCAGCCACUAUACUGGAGCAACGCAAGGGCAACGAGUAUCACCUCAAGUACGACGACGGUGAAGUGGAAUAUCGAAUGCCAGAGGAUGCUGCAGCGCAGGAGGAACUAUCGGACUCUUGCUCGAGCGAGUCGGAUGACGAUGGCUGGCAGGUGGUGGGCGCCUCGAGUGCUGCCACGCGCCAGGUGCGUGGCGUGCAAUCUGCUGCUCCUGCGGAACCAUUGGUGGAUGGUCUAACCAAGCGUCAGCGCGAGAACCGCCGUAAGAAGGAGCGGCAACGCGAGAAGAAGGAGCUGCUGCGUCAACAUGCCCAAAAGGACGACUUGGACGCUCGCGCGCGCUGGCGCUACGUGCCUUCGUAA